AUGAUGGAAUUUCCCCAAACUUCAGGCUGGCAGGUCCUACCGACUAAGGGAAAGCUGGUAGUAUCCUGCGUUCUGGGCCUCUUCUUCCUCGCCAUCGGGAUGGACCUCCGAGCUGAACUCGGAGCUGGACACGACCAGAAGAAGAACUUCAAACGCGACAUCACCAGCACGGACGAUGCCAUCUGGCAACCAUCAGCGGGAGUCAAAUGGCAAAUCCAACUCAUUGACGCCGUCGAAGACACCACCGCCGACGCCGACAUCUGGGACAUCGACCUCUUCGACAACACCGCCGAGACAAUCACAACUCUCCAGGCCAAAGGCCACAAAGUCAUCUGCUAUUUCUCUGCUGGCACGUACGAAGACUGGCGCCCGGACACCAGCAAGUUCGACACGGCAGACUUCGGCAGCAACCUCGAUGAAUGGCCAGGCGAGCGCUGGCUAAAUAUCAAAUCGAGCAGUGUUCGCGCGAUCAUGAGCUCGCGGCUGGAUAUGGCGCAGCAGAAGGGCUGCGAUGGUGUUGACCCGGAUAAUAUUGAUGCGUAUGGGAAUGAGAAUGGGCUUGGGUUGACGGAGGCUGACUCGGUUGAUUUUUUGACUUUCCUGGCGUCCGAGGCGCACUCCCGUGGCAUGUCAAUCGGGUUGAAGAAUGGUGGUGAUAUUAUUGGUUCUGUGAUCGAUAAAAUGCAGUGGUCGGUCAAUGAGCAGUGUGCGGAGUAUAACGAGUGUGAGGUCUAUGCUGCCUUCACUGAAGUCAAUAAGCCUGUUUUCCAUAUUGAGUAUUCUGCGGAGACUAUUGCGUCUGAUACCUCUGAUGGUACUUCUGACUCGGCCACUGAGACUACCACUGACGAUGCUACUGCCACUGCCACUGUUGCUGCUAUUCCUGUUUCUACUUCUGCUGCCACUGCAACUAGCACAGAGGCGGAUGUCACCAAGGCUGGCAGCGUCGAUAGUGCCGCGGAUGCUGACACUGACGUCGAUGCUGACGAUGAGGAGGAUGCUGACAAUGAGGAGGAUGCUGACGAUGAGGAGGAUGCUGACGAUGAGGAGGAUGCUGACGAUGAGGAGGAUGCUGACGAUGAGGAGGAUGCUGACGAUGAGGAUGCUGAGGACGAGGAGGACGAGGAGGAGGAAGCCAACGCCGCUACCACCAAGCAGCAAAAGCACCGAUACGGUCACGGUCACCACAAGCUCCGAGCCAGAGCCGUUCUCUCUUCCAAGCUGAAGACAUCAGCCUGCAACGCAGCCAACGCCGACAAGUUCUCGACUGUGAUCAAGAACAUGAACCUCGAUGCCUGGGUUGAAUAUUGCUAG